AUGUAUCAAACCAGCCAGCUGGGAGCCCUCGUACUAGGGAUAAUUUCCCUUGCUACAACUUUCUCCUAUGCCGCUCCAUCUGUUUCUCUCUCUCGGGUCGAUCAAAAUCAGCUUGACACUUUGCCACGCGUUCCUUAUUUGAAUGAGGAGGAUGAUCGCGCUGUUUACGGCGGGCAACCUAAUUUGAUCUCGGACGACCUUAAUGUUUUUGACAAACGGAAAACCUCCUCCCGUACAUUCUGGGCGGUAGCUUCCAGGACCGGUUGGAAUAUCAAGGUUACCAGACAGUUCAAAUUUCAAAAAGACAAGUGGAUUGGAGAGCUCACAAAGAGUGGGAAUACGCUUGGACAAGGAGGACAGGGAACGGUUAUAGAUGGCAGCUGGCAGGUAUUUGACGACCCCACAACAGACCUUACAAAAGCGGGGUUCUGCGAAAGUGUUCCUGUCCCUGUCGCUAUAAAGAUUUCAGAAGGGGACCAAGGGUAUGAGUAUGCUAAAUUGCUUGCACGAGUCGAUAGCGAAUACGUUGUCAAACCCCAAAUAUGGGCAAAAACACCUACUGCUGGCAAGGUGGAAUCGAUCGUUGCUUUCGAGGAGUUAACUGAGAAUGUUCAACAACUCCGAGAUAGAGGCGGGCAGCCCGAUUUUCGUUCACUGCUAAAAGCAUUAUUUCAAGGGUCGAUAGCUGCGAAGAAACAGGGCCUUUUCAACAUGGAUAUCAAGCUUAAAAAUAUCAUGACCCUUGAAUACGUAGGGGCACCAACGAUAUGGAAAAUCAUCGAUUGGGAUAUGCUGGUUUACAAAGAUCGGAAAGACGAAGAUCCUGAAGAACCAGGCACUGGCUAUAUGGGAAGCUUUGGAUAUAUGCCUCCAGAAAUGGUCGCCUAUCUACUAGACAAAAGAACCACGAAAAGUUGGACAGCUGAGAAAGCAGUUGUCUGGGAUAUUGGGAUGACCCUCCUUUACUCCCAGGGUAUUGGUGAAUAUGAAGGGACGGUGACUCCGGAAAUGAAACAGCUUGCAAAAAAAAUCUACUCCAACAACAAGAGACGCCCUCCAAGCAGCAAAAAUGAGAAAUGGAUGUGGAUAGCUUUGCUAUCGGCAUUGUCUGAGAGUAAAUCCGUUCUGGAGGCGGGGGAAAACAUACUCCCAACCCAGUUGCAAAGCGGCAAAUCACUAUCAAAAUAUCGAAGCUGGUUCGCGAAAGUCUUGUGCAAGGAAGACGACCGAUACAACUUGGAAGAUGCUUGGGACGCUCUAGUUGCAUUAGACGUGGGGUUGAAUUGA